AUGAGCGGCUAUCGUGAUUCAUACUUCCAGUACCAUCAUCUUGUUGAUUCACAUCAGGUUCUGUACAGCGAAUGGAACGAGGAUGAAUUGCCGCCGCCAGAUGAGCAAGGGAUCGGUAACAACCACCUGGUGAACAAGCAAGGGAGCCGUUCUAAUGGCGCCAAUGGGGCGGAUCAAAAGCUCGAUGCUAGUGACGGCAAUUCAAAAAGUUACAAUGGUGCAAAAUCCACUAUAAACACGUAUUGGGACUACUUUCACGAUGAGGACGAUUGGAACCUCUUUAAGAAUGUGCAGCUGGAUAGCAAUGGUGUUGCCACUUUCCAACGGCCGAUGGACAUGAGAGCUAAAGAUAUGAACGGUAGCCUAGAAGAUUCAGAUGAGACCCCAACUUUCGAGGGUUCAAAUUCAGUUUCGGGAUCAAUUUUCAACCACAAGAUUACAAGAAUGGCAAUGGUACAAAACAGCAAUUGGCAUGAUUUAGCAAUUCCAAAACCGGAGUGA